ACCACCCAUUGUCGAGUUCGUGGUCACGUGACUCGAGAAAGAUGGCUGCGGUGACAGCCGAGCAGUUUGCGGCGCUCCAGACUCUGCUCAAGGCCUCCUCAAAAGAUGUUGUUAGACAGCUGUGUAAAGAGAGCUUUUCCAGUUCAUCCCUUGGCUCAAAAAAACUCUUGGAUAUUACAUGUUCCAGCUUGUCUGUGACCCAGGAGGAGGCAGAUCAACUACUCCAGGCUCUGCACCGCCUCACGAGGCUGGUGGUGUUCCGGGACCUGUCCUCCGCUGAGGCAAUUCUGGCUCUCUUCCCUGAAAAUUUCCACCAAAACCUCCAAAACCUGCUGACAAAAAUCAUCCUGGAACACAUAUCUACGUGGAGAACUGAAGCCCAGGCAAGUCAGAUCUCUCUGCCGCGCCUGGUCGACCUGGACUGGAGGGUGGACAUCAAAACCUCCUCAGACAGCAUCAGUCGGAUGGCGGUGCCCACCUGCCUGCUCCAGAUGAAGAUCCAGGAUGAUCCCAAUCUGUGUGGGGACAAACCCUCUGUCUCAGCUGUCACCGUGGAGCUGAGCAAAGAAAUGCUGGACACUAUGUUAGACGGGCUGGGCCGCAUCCGAGACCAGCUCUCUGCCGUGGCCAGCAAGUGACGCCAGCCAGCUGCUGGUCCCUCUAUGCCUCAGUGCUCGUCAGCAAUGCACACCUCUGACAUGCCCGUUGCCCACACAGCAGCAACCGCAGCCGACAGCAGGCAGGGUGGUGGGAGCGGAGGGGGUGGCUGCCACCCAGAAGGCACAGUCGGAUUGAGAGGAAGCCACCAAGCUCCUUACCGUUCUCCUUGCUUAUCUUCUUUUUUUCUCUUUCUGAAGCUGGUGAGCAGAAGCCUCCAUCUUUAAAAGACUCUUCUGUGUGACUUAAUUACCACUGUGACAGUGGGGUGGAACAUUUACGUUAUCAGCUGCCUCUGUUUGGCUGUUGGGGAAAUUCAGGCCCAAAUUGUGGAGCUCACCUAAUAAGUUCAUUUCCAAGCUUAGCUCUAAUUCAUUCAUUUCCAGCCCUGGAAGACAUGGAUUAGAAGAAGGUGGGUGACCUAGCUGUUCCCACUUCUCCUCCGUAAGAGUCCCACAAAGCAGUGCCACUGCAGAGCAGCCUGCCCCCUCUUGUAACCCCAGAACCUUCCUGAGCGCCCCCAACCCUGCCAGAUGCCCUGUUCAGUAUUGGAAGUCUGAAAUGGGUGCUAAUUCCCUUCUCCAUGAAGCCAUGGGCUCCUUCCUUAAUAAAAUACAGCUGCUCCAGGGUGAAGAAGUGUUAGUAAUUGGAAAUAAAUGACAUUUCCAAAA